GGAGCAGGAUCCUGGUCAGCGACAGCAGAGCGACCAUGACUGCAAGCGUCCGACCCUGCAGCGCUACCAGGCCGGGGCGGGCCACGCCCACCGCCCUCCCAACAGCGAGGAGACGGACGCCGACCUCGCCGCGCCGCUGACCCCCGACCCAGAAGAGCCCGUGAGGUCCCCUCGGGAGGAGCGCCAGGCGCCCCCCGAGCCAGCCCCGGAGAGACGCGUCUGCAUGGACGGAGGGAUGGGGAAGGACGGAGAAGAGGGCGACGGAGGCAGGGGGACGGGCCCGGAUUACGGGGAGGCCCGCGCGUCCGAAACGAACGGCCCCGGAGACGACGCCACUGGCGGGAAGGGCUCCGCGGGCUGGCCGCCGUCCGCCAAGGAGGGCGGGAGGGGAAAGGAGAAGAGUCGGAACGACAGGCACCACCCUGAACCCGUCGGCGCCGCCUCCACCUCGCCCAAACCUGCCCGGAGGACCCGCAAGCCGGACCGGGAGAUCUAUCAGCCAGGGAGCCGGAGAAGCACCCAGGGGAAGGAGCACGGAGCGGGCAAGGAGCAGGACAAACCUCCCCCUUCUAGGGAGGGCGCCAGGAGGGAGCCAGCCACCCCGAGGGAGGCAGAGAUGGAGAUGGAGGGGAAGAAAGACCCGGCCCCCCCAAGGAGAGAGGGAGGAGAGAGAGAGGGGAAGAAAGACCCGGCCUCAAGGAGAGAGGGAGGAGAGAGAGAGGGGAAGAAAGACCCGGCCCCCCCAAGGAGAGAGGGAGGAGAGAGAGAGGGGAAGAAAGACCCGGCCCCAAGGAGAGAGGGCGGAGAGAGAGAGGGGCGGAGAGACUCCGCGAAGGACGGAGGGAACGGAAGAGAGGGGAAAGCGAGGGAGGAGAAGAAGAAAAGUGGGAGAGGAAGCGAUUCAAAUAGGCGGCCGGGGGGGAGAGAGGCGGGGAAGGCCCCGGAUGUUUCUGCAGACACGGCUGUGGGCGACAUCACAAGCAGGGUGGAAACGCUCAAUGUGAGAGGAGAGGAGGGGGAGAAGGAAGAGAGCGAGGAAGGAGGAGACCGUGGGAGAAAGGCCAGUGGCGAGGGUAUGAGAAGUAGAGCUGGGGGAGGAGGAGUGGGAAGAGGAGAGAAAGAGGGAGCGGAUAGGCCGGAGGAAAAGAAACGAGAGAGGGGGAACCGGAGGAAAAGAGGAGAGAAGGAGGGGAAUCUGGACUCCAGGAGAGGCCGGGCGGAAGGAGGAGGAGGAGGGGGGGGCGGGGGAGGGAAGCCUGAGCGGGGCGCGACGGAGAACGAGAGGGACGCGAAGGGCUCCGAGGAGGCGGGCCGAAAGAGGGAGGGCAGGGGCUACUCCAGGGAGGCCCCCCCAGCGAAGGGUCUGGAGAAGCCCAGGGACAGAGGGGGCCAGAGGGGGAACCAGGCCCGGGACGAAGAGCCCCGGAUGGGCCGAAACCGGACCGGGGAGAGGGCGGUGGAGGGAAGCGAGCAGGGCAAAGCCGACUCCAGCGAGGCCACGUCCGCCUCCUCCAAACGCUACUCCAAGUCGGACAUCCGCCGCCCCCGCAACCGCAAGUACAGCACCAGCUCGGCCAGCAGCGGCACCAGCCUGGACGGGCCGGCGGGACAGGGUGGCGGAGAGGGCCGCGCCCGCCGGGAACGCCUGGGCCUGGGCCGCAGGGACCGGGGCGAAGCAGGGCCGGACGGCCGGGGGAGAGGAGGAGGGGGAGGGGGAGGAGGAGGAGGAGGGGGAGGAGGGGGGGGUCAGCUGCAGAGCAGGAGGAGGCCCCCCGCGGAGAUGUCGUCCACCGACUCGAUGGACGAGAGCGAGACGGGCGACCGGGCGGAUGAUCACAGGAGGAAGAGGAGAGACGGAGAGGAGGACUGGAGCCCAGAAAGGAGGAGGGAGAAUGAGAACAGAGGGAGAGGACAGAGAGGAGGAGGAGGAGGAGGGAGAGGAGGAGGAAUACUCCGAAUGCCUUUGGAAAAACAGGCAGGCACAUCCCAGGUCACCUCGGUCCACGGCGAGGACCCGCUGCGUCGCAGGCAGGGCUCGGCCCCCCGGGGCCGAGGGAGGGGCAUCCUCAUCCUGCCGGCGCACACCAACCUCUCCCAUUCGCCAGAGCCCGGGCCCAGGCUUCUUCUGUUUGGAGGAACCCGGGGUGGGGCGGGCCUAGGCCGCGGCAGGGGGGGGAGAGGGGGCGGGACCAGACGACUCUGGGACCCCAACAACCCCGACCAGAAACCUGCUCUCGCCCGCAGCCAGCACCCGCAGCACCCGGGCCUCCAGCAGCCCAUGUACCUGCAGACCGCCGGCGGAUACGGGCCCCUCCACUUCCUGGAUACGGACGACGAGGCGGCGGGAAGCCCUCCCGUCCGCCAGGGGGAGCACUUCCAGUCUCAGCAGGCCGCGGCCCUGGCCUACUACAAGUUCCAGAACUCGGACAACCCUUACUGCUACCCCGUCACCGCCGGCAACGCGCCCUCCAACCCUCGCUACCCAUACCCCUACCCCAUGUCCCCCUACCAGACCCCGCCCACCAACGGCAUGUACCCAUCCCCGGGGAUGGGGCAGUUCUACGCGGGGUACCGCGGCCCCGGGUACCCCCAGGCAGGCCCCGGGGGGGGCUUGACCCCGGAGGAGGCCGAGCAGCAGGCCAGGGGGGAGCUGGGGAAGCUGCUGAGGGCCGCCGACUCCCAGGAGCUGCAGCUCAGCAACCUGCUCUCCAGAGACAGGCUGAGCCCCGACGGACUGGACCGCAUGGCUCAACUCAGAGCCGACCUGCUGACGCUGUACGAGCGCGUCAUCCUGACGGACAUCGAGUUCUCUGACUCGCAGAACCUGGACCAGGCGCUGUGGAAGAACGUGUUCUACCAGGUCAUCGAACACUUCCGCCAGCUGCUCAAAGAGCCCGCCGCCGACGCCGGCCCACACAUCCGCACCAUGCUGCUCACCCUGCUGGAUGAGGGGGCGCUGUUCUUCGACACGCUGCUGCAGAAGCUGCAGGCGGCGUUCCAGUUCAAGCUGGAGGACUACAUGGACGGCAUGGCCAUCCGAGCCCGCCCGCUCCGCAAAACGGUGAAGUAUGCUCUGAUCAGCGCCCAGCGCUGUAUGAUCUGCCAGGGAGACAUCGCACGAUACCGAGAGCAAGCCAGCGACUCUGCCAACUACGGCAAGGCCCGGAGCUGGUACCUGAAGGCCCAGCAGAUCGCCCCGAAGAACGGACGCCCCUACAACCAGCUGGCCCUGCUCGCUGUCUACACGAAGAGAAAGCUGGAUGCGGUGUAUUACUACAUGCGGAGUCUGGCUGUCUCCAACCCCAUCCUCACUGCCAAGGAGAGUCUAAUGAGCCUGUUUGAGGAGGCCAAACGCAAGGCCGACCAGCUGGAGCGUCGCCGACGCCAGGAGUCGGAAGGGGGCUCCAGGGGCCCGGCGGUGCGGGGGGCCGGCGGGCGCGGGGAAGAGGGGGCCCGGGUGGAGACCUGGGUCCGUCCCAGCGGGCCGGUGGGGGCACGGCACGGCGGGGGCAGCGAGUCCAGCAGGGACUCUGAGCAGGACGGGGAGCUGGGCUGCCUCAGCGCCAGCGACCUCAACAAGCGCUUCAUCCUGAGCCUCCUGUACACGCACGGGAAGCUCUUCACCAAAGUAGGCAUGGAGUCCUUCCCCGAGGUGGCCGGCCGCGUGCUCCAGGAGUUCCGGGCUCUUCUCCAGCACAGCCCCUCCCCGCUGGGCAGCACGCGCACCCUGCAGAUCAUCACCAUCAACAUGUUCACCAUCCACAACGCCCAGAGCCGAGACGAGGAUGGGGAGGUGAGGUCGGUGUUGCAGGAGCAGACCGUAGCUCUGGGUCUGGCCAUGUUUGGACUGCUGGUCCAGCGCUGCACGGAGCUGCUGAGAGAGACUCCUGCAGAGCCCGUCAUGGCGGAGGAGGGGGGGGAAGGGGAGGAGCUGGAGGGCAUGGUGAGGGUGUCGGCCUUUCCGGCGGACCUGAGAGACCUGCUGCCCAGCAUCAAGGUGUGGUCUGAUUGGAUGCUGGGACACCCUGACCUGUGGAACCCGCCGCCCUGCAGUAUUGACGGCAGCCCGGACGUGUGGCGGUGCCUGGCUCACCUGUGCAACGCGCUGGCGCGGGUGGGCCACGGGGAGGCGCCGCUGUACAAGGCGGACGGGGACGGCAGCGAGGGCGACGAGGACCUGCGCCUGCUGCUGCUGGAGGAGGACCGCCUGCUGGCCGGGUUCGUGCCCCUGCUGGCCGCGCCCCAGGAGCCCUGCUACAUCGACCGCCACGCCGACACGGUGAUAGCGGCUGACUGUAAGAGAGUGACGGUGCUGAAGUACUUCCUGGAGGCGCUGUGCGGACAGGAAGAGCCCCUCCUGGCCUUCAAGGGAGGCAAAUACGUCUCCACGGCAACCUCGCCCCCGCCCCCCCGUGCGGCCCACGCCAGGAGCCGCCAGGACUCUCAGACGGAGAGGGAGAGCGACGACGUUAUCGUGGAGGAGGAGGAGUCGUCGGAGGAGGAGGAAGAGGAAGAGGAGGAGGGUGAGCGGGACGGCGAGGACGGCGGGGCGAGCGAGGACGACAUCCGCGAGCUGAGGGCUCGGCGCCACGCGCUCACCAGCAAGCUGGCCCAGCAGCAGAGACGCCGGGACAAGAUCCAGGAGGCGCUGCGGCCGCGCGGCCAGCUGGAGAUGGAGGUGUGUCCCGUCUUCCUGGUCCCUGACACCAACGCCUUCGUCGACCACCUGGCGGGCCUGAAGGCCCUGCUGCUGUCCAGCACGUACAUACUGGUGGUGCCUCUCAUAGUGAUCACAGAGUUGGACGGCCUGGCUAAGGGCCAGGAGAGUGGGGGGCCAGGGCCCGCGGGGGGCAGGGGAGGGGGCGGCGGCGGUCACCGCGGCAACCCCGGGGGGCCGAGCGCGGCCCACGCCCGGGCCGUGCAGGACAAGGCCAGGCUGGCGGUGGCCUUCCUGGAGCGAGGCUUCGAGGCCAGGGAGCCCCGCCUCCGAGCCCUGACCAGCCGGGGCAGCCAGCUGGACUCCAUCGCCUUCCGCAGCGAGGACACCUCGGGGCAGCAGGGGAACAAUGACGACGUGAUCCUGUCCUGCUGUCUCCACUACUGCAAAGACAAGGCCAAGGACUUCAUGCCAGCACAGAGGAAUGGGCCGGUGCGUUUGAGAAGGGAGGUGGUCCUCCUCACAGACGACCGCAACCUGCGCGUCAAAGCUCUGACCCGCAACGUCCCCGUCAGGGACAUCCCGGCUUUCCUCAGCUGGGCCAAGGUGGGCUGACCCGGGGCCAGUCUCCAGCCCCCCCCAGGGAACCCAAACCGCUGAAAAACCGCUGGCCCACUCAACCACGAAGUGGAGGAACACACUAACGCAGAAGGGGGAGGAAGAGGAGGAGGAGAGAGAGAGGGGGACGGGGGAGAGGGAUAUAAAAUGCCUUUUUUGGGGGAAGAAGAAAAAAACACCCGAACAAAAUGACACUAAAAAGGCGUUUUGGUGUGUUUGAAACGCGAAAAGGAUUCCGAGUCGUUUUCUGAGAUGAGCUUUCUCUCCCCCCCCCCCUCCCCUCUCCGUAGCGAGGUGUGUGUGUGUGUGAGAGUGUGUGUAGGCCAGCGAGCAUCUUAUUGAGACGGGGAGACGAGAGAGUUAGAAAUUCAGGGCCCGGCAGAGAGGAGAGAGUUGUUGAGUGUUGUAAUACUGGGUCGUCCGGUACAGCGUGCAAGCCUGCAGUGUCAGUUUGUAAGGACAGCCGUGUUUCUGUCACAACAAGACACAGCUAUGGAGGGAGGGAGCGAGGGAGCUGAAGGCUUUAAGGAAGAGAGGUUAAGAGGAGAUUUAAAGAGGCCAUUCCCUCUAGAGAGGUAACAUAUGUCUGAGAGUCUAGCUAACCGCUAGGGCUCUUAACAAUGAAGAGAGAGAGGGGGGUAAUGUGCCAGUCAGGGCAGGAAGAUGUUGUUUGGGGUAGGGACACUGAAAGCCACCCCUGCUCUUUAUGUAGAACCCCUUCCAUGGUCAGGUUCCAAUUCUGUACUGACCAGGAAGUGUUAGGGUCAUUUCCUGCUGACCCAGGAAGUGGUUUCAACGCCAGGUGCAACUGCCCACUUGGAGUUGUUGCCCCAGCUUGACGUUGACCUACGGGGUCAUUACCAAGUUGGUGUAUGUGGAAAAAUUCAAAGACAACAAAAAAAAUAGUUUGCAGUUUUUCUUUAUCAUUUGUACAUUGGUAAUGCUUGUUUGAGUGUUGCUGUAGUGGUGGGCUCUUAUCUGUGUAAGUUCACUGUUGUCUGUGGAGCUGCUCAUUCCAGCCAAGCCAUCAACAAGUCUGAUUCACCUCCUCGUCUCAGAUAACCUGCCAGAAGACAUGUUUGUGGGGGUUUCCUGAUGACUUGUCAGGCUAGUUCCUGGUAACAUUCUUGAAUCGACAUCGACGCGCCUGAAACCACAUAGGCUACCGCUAAACACAGAAGCUCACUGAUCCAGAGACGACACAGGUUAUUAUGGUGUUCCCUUUUGUUAUCCCUCCAAUUACUUUCGUUUCAUUUGAAUAUCAUCACAUUAUUUUAGCCGUAUCAUUUCAUUUGUGCAUUUAAACCCUGAUUUCUCCGUUUAUCACUUUGUUGCUUGGUAUCCUUGACGUCAUACGUACAGCCGAAUCCUUCCGUGCAGUGUGCGUGCCGGUCAAAUAUUUACAAAGGAAGGAUUCAUUUCUCUAUUAUACCAUGUCAACAUGCACACAUACCAUCACUAUGUUUUCUGUCACAGCUUGACAAUGUUGUGUGGCAUCCAUUGGCCUCCGACUCCUGUAUUUAUGCACCAGUAAAAGUGACAACGUGUUUUCUUCGCCCCACCUCCUGCACAGCAUGAUUUCGCCAAGUGCUUCUGAUGAGGUUCCAAAACUUGGGUUAGGGAACUCGUUUCUGUCAACAGUUCUGUAAAUGACUCGCAUGUAAACUGUACCUGCUUACGUAACGUCCCAGCUUUCAGUCAAGUUGCAGUGCAUUGGAGCUAUUUCUGAAUGAGAACAUCUGCAUCGUUGUGGUGUGUUUAUCCUUCACGGAUCACCAGUUCUGCAAGGUCGUCACCUGACCUGAUGUUUGCCGUGCCAUUUCAGUGCCGCUGUGUGUUUUUAUAUGGCGACAACACCCAGGCUAGGCAAAUCAACAUGCAUGUGUUAUCACGCUGUUGUGAACUGUUCUCUGUCGGUUUCUUCAAUAAAUCCUUUUAAUUUCA